UCUCUCUCUCUCUCUCUCUCUCUCUCCCUCCCCUAGCCGAAUUCUUGGGUUUCUUCAAAAUUUUCUUUGUUUAAUUUAUCAUUUCUGAGGAGAAUUUCAGUUGAAGUUUUGAGUUUGAAGGGACUGGCGUAUGAUGUGUUUGUGACUCUGGGUUUGAGAAGUACGACAAUAACAGAGGUGGCUGUGAUUGGGAGUUGUAAUGAACCGUUCUGUAACUACGGCCACAGCCUGGGGUGGAGUGGCAACAGAUAGAGGGGACUCUGUUGUUAGAUUGGAUCAAGUUCCACGUUGGAGUGAUGCGGAGCAUAGGUCUUUUUUGGAGUUUGAGAAUGGAGGUCCUUCAUUUUCUAAUUCGCACAUUCCUCAUCCUUUGACUGCUUCUGGGGCGGAGAGUGGUAACAAUGGAAUAAUAUCGAGAUUUCUGGUUGAUCACGAGAUUAACUCAAAGAUAUAUCUUUGGAGGGGGAACCCAUGGAAUCUUGAGGUAGAUGCUGUUGUAAACUCAACAAAUGAGAACUUGGAUGAAGCACACAGUAGCCCUGGUCUGCAUGCUGCGGCUGGACCUGCUCUUGCAGAAGAAUGCGCUACACUGGGUGGAUGCCGGACAGGGAUGGCAAAAGUUACAAACGCAUAUGACCUUCCUGCUAGGAGAAUUGUCCAUACUGUUGGUCCCAUGUAUGCUGUGAAAUACCAUACUGCUGCAGAGAAUGCUCUUAGUCAUUGCUAUCGUUCUUGCCUUGAACUUCUCAUUGAGAAUGGGCUUAAAAGUAUUGCUAUGGGCUGUAUAUAUACAGAGGCUAAAAACUAUCCUCGUGAACCAGCUGCUCAUGUGGCUAUAAGAACCGUGCGGCGCUUUCUUGAGAAGCAGAAAGAUAAAAUAACAGCUAUUCUUUUUUGUACUAUCACAUCAACUGAUACUGAAAUAUAUAAGAGGUUGCUGCCACUCUACUUUCCGAGAGAUAAACAUGAGGAGGAGGUGGCCAUCUCAAAGCUUCCUGCAGAUGUUGGGGAUGAGAAUGGUGGGACUAUUAUAGAUGAACGUAAAAUUAGAAUAAAGCCUUUGCCCAAGAAGACAACUCCCAAGCCUCCCCAGGCUCCAAUUGAUCUUCCUGUUAGUGACGCUGGCUUGGUAAGAAGGAAUUCAUCAUACUUGGAUUCAUUUCUGGAUCCUGCGUUCAUGUCUUUAAUAAAAGAUCCAGAUCAGAGACGCAAGGAAGAAUGGGGAAAAGCCGCUCAAACACAGAAGGGUUGGAAUUGUGCUAAAAUGCUUGGAUUUGGUGACCUUGGUGGACCUCCAUUAUCUGCUGCAGAGGAAUACUCACUUCAUUCUAGAUACCUUGCAAAAGCAAAUUCUCUUAGUCUUUCCGAAAUAGCAGAGAUGAAAAUUGUUUACCGUGGUGGGGUAGACAGGGAGGGUCAUCCUGUAAUGGUUGUUGUGGGGGCACAUUUUCUGCCGCGAUGUCUUGAUUUGGAGCGAUUUGUGCUCUAUGUAGUAAAGGAGUUCGAGCCCUUGAUUCAGAAGCCUUAUACUAUUGUAUACUUCCACUCUGCUGCAUCUUUACAGCCGCAACCGGACUUGGGAUGGAUGAGAAGAUUACAACAGAUACUUGGUCAGAAACACCAGCGCAAUCUGCAAGCAAUAUAUGUUCUUCACCCAACAUUUGGGCUUAAAGCUUCAAUAUUUGCCCUGCAAUUGCUUGUAGACAAUUUGGUGUGGAAGAAAGUGGUAUAUGUUGAUCGACUUUUGCAGCUGUUCAGAUACGUUCCUCGAGAACAGUUGACCAUCCCCGACUUUGUGUUUCACAGGCAUGAUUUAGAAGUGAAUGGAGGGAAGGGUCUCAUUGUGGACCCGAGAACAAAAUAUGUACAUCAACGACCAUAGAAAUCCUGAAUGCAGUUCCAUCAAGUGAUUAAAAGCAGGUCCACAGGCAGUUCAGGUUCUGGUGCUGCAGUUUCAGGUUGUAUGAUGACAGUGCUGUUCAAGUGCUCGGCCAAAGUUGGAGUCUUUUUAAUUGAAGGGACAGGCCGAAUGUGCUUUUUGGGAAUCUUUUCAGUCGUUGCAGCAGUUAUUUGAAUCUCUCUAUCUUGGCCUUCUGGUACUUUGAUUGAAGUUUCACCUAAUACAGAUCAUCUCAAGAACUUUUGUUGAAAAUAAUUAUAAUCAGGAAUUCAUAACUUUCAGUACUCAUGCACCGUGUCUUCUACCUGA